AUGGCUGCGGGCGCCGCCGUUUACACGAUGUGUUGUCCAGAUGUACGCAAGCGCAACCGUAUUGAUAACCAAGUUCAAGAUGUGUCUGUACAUAGUGAAAUAGUUUUAAAAAAACAAAGUAUAAAACUUGAGUCGACAAAUAUUACAGAUCUGGUUUCUGUCAUAGUAUUUAACAAGUAUAAAAUAAGUGAUCCAUACUACUGGCCUGAAAAAAUAAAUGACAAUUUCAGAGAAUACUGUAUUCAGAUAGGACCCGAGUUUUUUCAAAAUAAGAAUGAUGAUUUCAAACAUUCUAUCACAAAAGGUUAUUUUCGGCCUCCAUGUUUAAAUGAACUCUACCCAAUGGAGAAAUUGGUGAUCGAAAGUGGUCCUUUUGUUAGCAAAGGAUUUGAUAAUUGGAAGAAAUAUGAGAAAUUAAUACAACAUGAAAACAGUAUUUAUCAUAGAAGUGCAUUUACAAAAUGGCUAUUACGUUCAAAUGUUAAUUAUUCAAUAAAUAAAUAUAUAUUGGAACAAUUAUCAAUGGAGACAAAAUACUGGAAUGAUGUUUUAAUUCGUAUAAUUUCUGUAAUUACAUUUCUUACAUCUAGAGGUUUAUCAUUAAGAGGUGAUAAUGAAGUAUUUGGUAUUAUUAACAAUGGAAAUUUUCUUAGCAUAUUGGAAUUUAUUUCUAAAUUCGAUCCAUUUUUAAAAUCACACAUAGAAGGGCACGGUAAUAAAGGAAAAGGAUAUCCUUCCUCAAAUAAAAGAAGCAAAAUGUUUUUCUUUUAUCAUCGAUCCACUUCAGACCAAUCUAAAAUAGAUCAAAUAGCUAUUGUAAUUCGGUACUGUACAUUAACACGUUUUCAUGAAAGAUUAGUUAAUUUAAGUUCUAUCAAAAGCCAUAAAGGUGAAUCAAUAUUUGUUGUUUUAGAAGAAUUUCUUGAAAAAGUUAAACUUAAUAUAGUGAAUAUAGUGUCAUAUGACAAUGCCUCCAACAUGAGUGGAAAAUAUGAAGGAUUACUAACUUAUGUAAAAAAUAAAUGCAAUUUGGCUGUUUAUAUGCCUUGCACUGAUCACUUCCUGAAUCUUGUUGGUGUUUAUAGUGUUGAUUGUUGUAUAGAAGUAGUCAGUUUUUUUGGAUUUCUACAAUGUACAUUCAAUUUUUUUAGUGGAUCUACUCAUAGAUGGGACAUUCUGACCAAUAAUUUAUAUAAAAAUUUGAAAGAACGAUUACUUGUACUGAAAUCCCUUAGUCAAACUAGAUGGUCUAAUGAGACAUCUAUAAAUCUACAAGACAGUUUUUGUGACCCGUUGAUUGCUUUGAAUUUACUAAAAUCAUUGAAAAAUUACAUUUUAAAUUUAAGAAGCAGUAGUGAAAUUUAUGAAAAUAAAGUUAUUGAACUUGGUCCAGAAAUUAAUAGUCUUUACCAUGAUGAUGGAAGAAGAACAUAA